GUGUCCCUCAGCUGUUUACAUCACCAACUAGUAGAAAGUCACAGGGUGGAGUUUCAGCCUGCGUACGAAAUAGAGAAAAACACUUUUUCACUUUCACACGCCUACAAAAUUUGUGCAAACGUGGUCAUUUAAAUGCCUCUCCAAUGACUGUCUGCGAAAAGUGCCGAGUAGCAGACCGCAGGACAGUUGCAUAUAGGCCUAACACACAAGAGUUGGACAUUAGCCAUCUUCGUUGAAAGUUUGAAGGAAGCAAUGGACACAGAUCCCAACACCUCCUCUGAUGAGCCCAGGGUGAAACGAGGCUUUGACCAAAUGGUGUUCGCCAACAGAAGUCUGACACUGGAGAACAUCAAAUGCUAUGGAUUUGACAUGGACUACACGAUGGCAAUGUAUAAGUCUCCUGACUACGAGAGCCUGGGCUUUGAACUGAUAAGAGACAGAAUGGUGUCUGUUGGAUACCCUCAUGAGCUUCUACGCUACACAUACGACCCCAGCUUCCCCACACGCGGUUUAGUGAUCGACACCACAUACGGGAACCUUCUGAAGGUAGAUUCAAAUGGGAAUAUUUUGGUUUGCAGUCAUGGCUUCUGCUUCCUCAAAGGAGAAGACAUUAACAACUACUACCCCAACAAGUUCAUUCAAAGAGACGACACCGACCGUUUCUACAUUCUAAACACUCUCUUCAAUCUUUCAGAGACUUACCUCUACACCUGCCUUGUGGACUUCUUUACUAGAUGCACCAGAUACACAAACCUCCUGAAAGGUUUCCAGCACGGCGACUUGUUAAUGUCCUACAGAAGCAUGUUCCAGGAUGUUAGAGAUGCAAUGGACUUCAUUCACGACACGGGAACCCUGAAGGAACGAACUAUCAAGAAUUUGGAUAAAUACGUGAUCAAAGAUUCAAAUCUCCCUGUACUCUUGACCCGGCUUAAAGUGGUGGCCAAGGUCUUCCUUGCCACCAACAGUGACUACAGUUACACUAAGGCCAUUAUGAAAUACCUGCUUGAAAAUAAUGCUAAGCCUGGAAGUCCAAAACAGUCCUGGCGCUCCUUCUUCGACCUCAUUGUUGUGGACACCAGAAAGCCGCUGUUCUUUGGAGAGGGGACUGUGCUGAGACAAGUGGACACGGACACAGGAAAGCUUCGGAUUGGGACGUACACAGGUGACCUCCAACAUGGAACCGUUUACUCCGGAGGAUCUUCAGACAUCAUCUGUGAUCUGCUGGAUGUCAAAGGUAAAGACAUCCUCUACGUUGGCGACCACAUUUUUGGCGACAUUCUCAAGUCUAAGAAACGUCAGGGCUGGAAGACUUUUCUGGUCGUACCGGAGCUCAACAUAGAGCUCAAAGUGUGGGACCAGAAGAAAAGUUUGUUUGAGGAGCUGAAACGUCUUGACGUCUUCUUAGCUGAAAUUUACAAGCACCUGGACAGCGGCAGUUCCGAGUGUCCUGACAUCGAUGCCGUUCAGACAAGAAUGAAGGUGCUGACCUACAGAAUGGACAUGUCUUAUGGCCAGAUGGGCAGCCUCCUGCGCAGCGGCGCCAGACAGACGCUGUUUGCCAGCCAGCUGAUGCGUUAUGCAGAUCUAUACUCCUCCACCUGCAUGAACCUGCUGCACUACCCCUUUAAUUAUCUCUUCAUGGCUCCCCCAGUCCUGAUGCCCCAUGAAGCGUUGUCUCAAAACUCGGCUGACAUUGCCUCAGAGCUCACUGUCACCAACAAUAUUGUCACGAUAAACAGAAACUAAGUGCUGAAGACAGCUGAUCGAGAGGUUUCAGAAGAAGAACAUGUGAAGAUGCUCCUGAAUAAUCUUCUGGACACCGAUGAAGGUGACUGUUUGCACUUGUGCUUGUAUAAAGGGUUUGUUGCAGCCAUGACGUGCCUCCUUUACAAAAAAAAACGAACUUAUUGCUCCACCUAGUGGAUAUGAAGUGCUAUGCCAUGCAGCUAGAUUUUAGGAUUCAAAGCAAAAGCAGACUCAUGAUUACUGUGUUGUUACAUGUAGUGGUGAAUGUGUACUUUUGUUCUGAGGUUUGUGUAAUGGUAUUUAAGAAGUAACUUUAUUUAUUUGUUGUUUCUGUAACCUCUGGUGAAUCAUUUCAUACAUUAUUCAUAGUAUUUUUUCUCAUUGUUCACAAUUGAACAACUUUAAUUAAACAUUAUGGUGUAAUAUGGCAUUAGAUGAUCUAAGCUAAUAUUGAAGAACAUGCUCACAUAAUCAUUUGCAUUGUGUCAGGUGCUCCUCUGUUUGUUUUGUAGAAAGUAGUUACAAUGAAAACUGUUUCCAGUGAAGUAUUUGGCUUAUCCAGAGUAACCAGGACACUGUAUCUGGAAAGACACAAUGCUGAGUUUUUCAAAUGUAAUUUUUCAGCACCACAAAAAUCAUGUCUCUCCUUUUAAAUAAGGAGAAGGCAGAAAUCUCAGGGACAGGUCAUGCAAAACCUGGGCAAAUAAAACAAGAACUAGAACAUUUCAAGUUUUCCUUUUGUGCUACAUCUGUUGUCCACUGGAUGGCAGUGAAUCACCUCUGCAACAGACUCAGGUCAGAUCAAUGUGUGUGAAGGUGUGUUCACUGGCUGAAUACUGCAAACAAGUAAAAAAUGUUAUCUGAUAAAACAAUGAUCCAUCUCUAUAUUUCAGAUAACAUGAAUCACUGGGUUUACAAUAAAAUAGUAGAAUAUGUGUUCUAAAACUUAAACAAUAGCUCACUGACUGCUGUAUGAUUUUGUAUUUCCCCUAAUAAAACUUAUUUUGCUCGUCAUAGCAGAAACACACACCUGUGUAGUAAUAUUGUACACACAGUACACACUGUAUCUCCCUCUUGUUCUCUCCUUGGCUCUGACAGUCCUGCUCCCUCGAGAGCUGAACCUUUAUCAAGAGAGAGCUGAGAGGAAUUUGUUGUCACACACACACACACACACACACACACACACACACACACACACAUUCUCUCUCUCUCUUCCUUGCUGUAUGAAAUCAGUGCUCACAUGUGAUCUUGUAUAAGAGGAAAUUAUACAGUGUUCUUGCAGGGUUGUGUGCACAGAAUCUCUGUUUUCCUGCUGGGCUCCUGUACAGAGGAGCGUCUUCCCCACAUUUCACUCUGCAGAAAGACUAAUACAAAUAUAGUAUCAGUCUCAUAUUUGAUAUUGAUGUUGGCAUAGCAUACAUCAUGAUAAAGGCUCCACCGAUGUCAGGAAACAGCUUAAACUUUGGCUUUAACUCAUGGGAAGGAAAACAUUUAAAAAUGUAAUGUUAUAAGUGCUGAAAUUGACUUAUUGUGUUCACUAAAAUGAGAAAAAUUAAGAAAUAAUUUUCAAGUGUGGACUGUUCGAGCAUCUAUAAGGACAUCUUGACACUAUUCAUAUAACUGUGUGAGAAUCUAACUAUUAUUCUUUAAAAUUAAACAUUAAAGGCAACUCCAAAUUUGGAGCCACCCACUGCAUUCAUUGGCACCUCCCCCUCUCUCACACACACACACACACAGAUUUCCCAGAUUAUUUCAUUUCGUCAUUUUGUCAUGUUUGAUAUUCUCACCUGCUUUAAUCUCUCCUAGCUACCAUUUAAUAUGUUGUUUUUAUUUGCUUCUCUACCACAUGUUGUCACUAUGUGUACAUAAACUAACCUUAGUGUUCUCUGACAUUUGAUGUGUAAUGAAACAUAGUGAUACUAGUUCCUAUCCUUCA